GACUUUCUUAUUGUUUUGUCGACUGGCUCAACAACAACAAACACCGUGCAUCGUUGAAUUUUACAAUAGUGAAAACCGUGAAAACUUGCCGAUUGUUAGUGAUUUUUCUAAUUUUCUUAGCACGAUGGGUGACGAGGAUACUCGCAGCGGUGAUGGCGAACUGGAAGUAUGCCGAACAUGCAUGAGCCCCGAUAGGCGGGAAAAGCGUCAUCGGAGGAAGCUGGUUCCAAUCUUCGCCCAGCUGAAUGGUAAAUUCAUAGCGAACAUCAUCAAGGAUUGCACCGCUGUACAGAUCGACGAAAACGACGGCCUCCCAUCGGCAAUUUGCCACGAUUGCUUCGAAACGGUGAAGCUGUUGGAAGCUUUCGCGAAAACCACCCGUGACUGCGAUGCCAAGCUGCGUAAUCUCUACAAAACAGAACCAUCCCGGGAGCAAAGUCCGGGCGUUAUCGGCUCUCCGGUAGCUGCGGAGGAGCAGACAGAGUCAAAGACGACUGUUACCCACUUUCUUGAAAUAAAAUGUGAGCCGUUUGAGCGAAUAGACGGUGAGGAAGCUACCUUGCAGGAUGAUGAUUUUGAGCCGGAAAACGAUACCGACGUCGACUGGAAGAAAAGCGAUGAGCAAAAGAAGGAGGAAAAGAGGACGGUUAAAAGAAAGCAGGUUGGGUUGAAAUCGAAGCCAAAGCCUCGACAAAGAAGCGGAAGUCCGGCACCUAAGAGGAAGAAAAGGAAAAGAAUACAAAGAUUACCGCUUCAAAAGGAGGAAGAUUUUCUGCUGACUGAAAGAGAGCAAGAACUGUUUACGUCGAUUGAAAUUAAGCCGGAAGAUUAUGUUUGCUGCGGUUGUCUUCAGGUAUUCGGAUCAGCUGGAGAACUCGAGGCGCAUCGUAAAACGGUUCAUAUUUGGAAAAAUGAAAGCCUGAGGAAACCAACAUCCAAAUUAUUCUGCGAAGGUUGUCUCCGUCGGUUCAACUCGGCCAAAAGUCUUAACUACCAUCAAGAGCGUGUUCGGCUGUUGAAAGCAGUUUGGGAAUGCAAGAAGUGCAACAUACGCUUCAAAGUCGUCGGUAAACGACGGGAGCACGCCAAGCUUCAUCCUGAGGGGGAGCCCGUUGCGGUGAUAGUGCGGGUCAGGGAAACGACCAAGAAGGAAUUCGGAUGGGUUUGCUGCGCCAGAAGGUGCUCCCAAUCUUUUACGAACGAAGACGAUUUGCUUGCGCACUCCAAAGUCGCACACUGGAUCGAGAAGCAAGCAGCGGAUCUUGAUCAUCCGGAUAGACCGGAACAGUGCCAGGUCUGCUUCCAACGGUUUGCCGACAAAAAGAGGGUCAUGCAUCACCAAAGGCGAAAGUAUAAGUUCAACAAUUUCCAAUGCGCUCUCUGUGGACUGAAGUUCGGCACCACCGAAAAGCUAACCGCACACGAAGCGAACGAACACAACGAAGGCGCUGCGUCGUUAAAGUGCAAAGUUUGCCAAAAGACGUUCAGGUGGAAAAGUACCUUGACCAAACACAUCGAAUAUAUGCACGAGCAGGAUAAACAGCAUCAGUGUACCAUUUGCGGAUGGACUUUCCGACAGAAAGUAAACCUGGUAACCCACAUGUCUCAGCAUGUGGAAGUUCCUCAGUUUAAGUGCGAGAUCUGCUUGAAAAUGUUUAAAGCGAAACUGCAUCUGCGCUACCAUAUGCGGACUCACACUGGAGAAAAACCGUACAAAUGCCAGUACUGUGACAGUUUUUUCGCCAAUCACACCAACUAUAGGAGACAUGAAAUGACCCAUACCGGUGAUAAACCCCACAAGUGCUCCUAUUGUGAGAAAUCUUUCAUUUUGAAGCGAACGCUCGUAGAUCACGAAAGCACGCACACGGGUGCACCGAAGCAACCUCGCAACAAGGCAAGCAAUCAACGCACUCAGCAAACGAGCAUGCCCGUUGAGCAGUCCGUGGACAUUGUCGAAGUUGACGACGUAGAUCAAGCCAGCAGCAAUGAGAACAGCAAUCAAGAAUCGUCGGAAACUGUCCAGUCGACUGCAAUUGCAGUGUACAACAUUCUGCCCUCAACGUCUGGGAGCUAUGGCUAUGUGCUCAAGUACUGAAUCCAAUUGAGUGUUGUUAUUUUUCUGGGCACCUAAUGAUAA